GCGCAUUCUCCUACCCUACGAAGACGUGUUUUCUGAGUUUUUGUACGCGCCAGCUACUUUGUUUGCGUAAAAUGCAAUAAUUAAUUAAAAAUGGAAAAACAACUAGAACUGUAGGUUGGACGCCAAAGCUUAAGAAAGCUGGUUACUUUCUGCGCACCACGUGUCCUUCUUGUGCUGAACAGCUCUUACUCAUCAAAGCAUGGACUCCAGAAGAUUCCUAAAGGUGUGCUGUGGUAAAAAAGGUUCACGCAAAUAUAGGCACAAGCUUCAUGUGCGGUUAAGCAGGUCAAUAAUUCCACCUGUACAAAACAUUGUUGGAUGCAGGAUAAAGCACAAGUGGAAGGAGGAUUCUUGCAGUCCGAUAUCUUAUUGGACUGGGACAGUGCUAGACCAAAUUCCAAUAAAUCCUUCCCUCUACCUUAUCAAGUAUGAUGGCUUCGAUUGUGUAUAUUGCCUGGAGAUUCUCAGAGAUGAGCGGGUUCAUGCUGUUGAGAUCUUGCCUGACAAAAUUGCUCCAUAUCGAAUAAGUGAUGCUCGUCUAGCUGAGAGAAUGUUGGGUCGAGCUGUGGAGCACCAGUUUGAGACGGACGAUGGAACAAAGAAUGGCUGGAAAGGGUUGGUGCUUGCCAGAUCUCCCAUCAUGCCCACAUGGUUUUUCAUUACUUAUGAGAAAGACCCUGUUCUUUACAUGUAUCAACUUCUUGAGGACUAUAAAGAAGGGGACCUUAAAAUACUCCCAGACUCAGAAGACCUUACUGAAGUAAAAGAGUCUGGUGAAGUUUUUGAUAGUUUGGUUGGAAAGCAAGUGGAGUAUGCAAAUGAGAAUGGCACACAGAGGACUGGUACAGUAAUUCAUCAAGUUCAGGCAAAACCAUCUGUAUACUUUAUUAAAUUUGAUGACGACUAUCACAUCUAUGUUUAUGACAUGGUUUGAGCUCUUGCUUUUUAAUGCUGUUUCUGUGAACAUUUUGCAUAUAGAAUUAUUGUUGGUUAAUGUUUAACUGUCUCUAGUUGUUGCUGUCGUGAGGCUGCUGUUAAGGUCAUGGUCAUUUUCUUAUGAAUUGUAUGUGGCUGGUGUCUUGCUUGGUCCCUUGGGCACAUGCAGCCAACAGCAACUUGACUAGUUAUUGUUUAUUUGUUAGUUUUUCAUCUGUUUAAAGGAUGCAAGGUUUUUUUUUUGUCUUUACACUAAUUGUAUUGUGGCUUUUGAACAAGACAUAAAGCAACCAUAUGUACUGAAUUGUUUUCUAUGAAAGAAAUAAAAAAUCUAUUCUGGCAUGUGGCAUAUUUAUAUUUAUUAUGAAUG